AUGGGUAAAACAAGAGGAACAAGAAAGCCGACGCCGGCCACGGAGCCGACAGAUACCGGCGACGACACCCACGGUGGAGAGCACACCACGGAAGGAGACGGCAAUGUGCCAGGCCCCUUACCGGGAGGAGGCACCGACUCAGACACUCAAACCACUAAAUCUGACGGAAGUGAGCCUGGACCGGGCCAGCCGGGCGGCGGCUCCACCGGGCCACCUGGCGGAGGAGGCACAGAUACCGGCGGUGGUACCACAAAGGGAGGUGAUGGCACCGCCACAGGCGGCCCAGGCGGCACGGGCGGCCCAGGCGGCACAGGCGACAAAGGCGGUGGCACGACAGGAGGCCCUGGUGGCGGUGGCGUCGGCGGCGGUCUUGGAGGAACAACAACGUCAACCACAGAGUCCAUCAUUGGCGCUGGCGUGGGUGACCCUGGCAAGGCUGUCAAGAGUGAAGGCAAAGGUGGAGCUGGUCCACUGGUCGCCGGCAUUCUUGUGCCGCUUCUACUGCUCCUCUGCAUUCUCAUCAUCUGUCUAGUGAUGAAGAAGAAGAAGAAAGAGCCUGGAGAAGGAGACGAAGAGGGUGAAGACGGUGAAGAUGGAGAAGGAAUGGGCGCUGAUGGAAUGGGUGGCAUGGGCGGCGGAGCUGGCGGAAUGGGCGGCAUGGGCGGCGCAGGAGGAAUGGGAGGAAUGGGCGGCGGAGCAGGAGGAAUGGGCGGCGGAGCAGGAGGAAUGGGCGGCGGAGCUGGCGGAAUGGGCGGCAUGGGCGGCGGAGCCGGAGGAAUGGGCGGCAUGGGCGGCGGAGCCGGAGGAAUGGGCGGAAUGGGCGGCGGAGCCGGAGGAAUGGGAGGCGGAGCCGGUGGAAUGGGUGGAAUGGCUGGUGGAGCUGGUGGAAUGGCCGGUGGAGCCGGCGGAAUGGCUGGUGGAGCCGGCGGAAUGGCAGGUGGAGCCGGCGGAAUGGGCGGCGGAGCCGGCGGAGCCGGAGGAGCGGGUGGAUCAGGUGCCGGAGGAGGAAAGGGCGGAGGAAAGGGCUUCCGCUUUGGAAAGAAGAAAGGAAAGGACGGUGGAGCCGAUGAUAUCGAUCUCUUUGGAGGUGCGAUUGGACCUGGUGAACAAGAUGCUCCAGAAAUGUUCCUCCCGGGAGCAUCGGGCUAA